CUAAAGGAUCAUAAACGAGUCUGCUGUUAUGUUCCUGGGUUGCGUUUUAUGUAUCAAAAGGACUUUUUUUUACAGAUUUUAUCAAUAAAAUCAGCAACAGUCGCAGCAUUCUGAAUUAGUCUAUACAAGUGGAAAGAUAAUGAAAUUUUUAAUAUGAAAUAAUUACGUGAAGUUUUAAUUUAUGACAAUGGAAAUUAAGUAUAACUUAAACAUGAUUUGUAUUGCUGUGCUUAUUUUUGUGUAUGUUGGACAAGACGACUGUGCUUCAAUAAACGAUACAAAUUUCUUACUGCGAAAUGUUAUGAAAGAAUACAAUAAAAAUGUGAGACCAGUGGAUAAUCAGAAUGAAGCAGUUCAUGUAAAUGCUUCCCUCUUAAUUAUUUCAAUACAAGAACUUGAUGAAGUUCGUGGAAUAUUUUCGAUAAUGGGAAUUUUGUUAGUGACAUGGAAUGAUGCAAAUAUGAUGUGGGAUCCUAAAGAUUAUGGUGGGGUAGAAUUUGUGAUGACAUCCUAUAAAGACGUUUGGGUACCUGAAAUGAUUCUUGUAAACCCGGCGGAAGAAAUAGAUAGUCUUGGUAAGAAAUGGCAAAAAGUUAACUUUCACCACACUGGAUUUGCCUCAUGGUGGCCCGGAGAUCUUCUUAAAAGCACUUGUGCUUUGGAUGUUUACAGUUACCCAUUUGAUACUCAAGAAUGCAUAUUAGGAUUUAGCACAUGGGGAUAUUCUUCUGACCAGGUAAAAAUAAGUUCACCAAAUGACGAAAUCGACUUCAGUUACUACACUGAAAGUCCAACGUGGAAACUUGCUCAAUCUAAGGCAAAUAUAUAUUUCGAAGGCAUGCAAAUACACUUUCAUGUUUAUCUAGAGAGGAAACCUGGUUUUGUGAUCGUAAAUGUUCUUCUUCCCCUAACUUUUCUAAGCCUGCUGAAUGCAUUCGUGUUUCUGCUCUUACCCGAAUCUGGUGAAAGAAUUUCAUUCUGUAUUACAGUUUUAUUGUCUAUUGCUGUAUUUAUGACAAUUGUAAGUGACACCCUUCCAAAAAGCUCGGAACCAGUUCCACUUAUUUCGUACAAAUUGAUGUUUGACAUGGUGAUCAGCUCUCUAAUUACUCUGGCCACUAUACUGAACCUAAGAUUGUACAAUAAAAAGGAUACAAAAGUCGUUCCGAACUGGUUGCAGUCUAUGUAUCUGCUUCUAUUCUGUAAACGGCAAAAACAUGAAAAUCAUGCGGAAGCAGAUAAUGCUGAAGGCAUGAAACAUGAAAAGAAGAAGUUGGAAGCAGUAGAUAUAUGUAUCAGACAAAAAGUGGAAAAUCAAAUGCAAUCUGCAACGACGUCAGAUGCAAACAACUCCAGAAAACCGUCAGUUUUCACGCUCCAUUUAGAAGGAGUCCCAUGCAAAGGUAUUGAAGAAAGGUUAGUAAAACGGAUUUCAGAAGUGGAAGGAAAUGGCGAUGAACAUUUUCAGGUGUCGUGGAAAAAUAUCAGUAACAUGGUAGAUGGAAUUGCUUUUAUAGUAUUCACUUUGCUCUCUUUAUGCAGCUUAGUUGUUUUCAUGGUUAUAACGUAUAAACACUAAUAAUAGAGAGUUUGAGAUUUCAAACUUCGCCUUCCCCUUCAACGUCUCUUGCGAAGUUAACGUAUGAAGUUGAAAUUCGAUUAAAAUUCCUUGAGAUUUCAAACAUUAGAAUGAACCUUACUUCUUUUAAUCGGCCCAUUCAAUUUAUCCGUAAUUAUGAUCGUUCUUUUCGUGCAUUUUGAUACCAGUUGUCUGAAAGGGCAGGAAUUUUACAAGAGGUUUUAAAAAUGAAAAAAUGAAAAUUAAAUAAAAAAAACAUUUCAUUUAAUAUAAUCACAGCAUGGAUUUUAGAGCGAUUACCAAAAAAAAAAAAAAAAAAAAAAAAAAAAAAAAACGAUAAAAGAA